AUGUUUUUCGCUCGCUCCGGUGUCGUCGCUGCUACCUUGCUCGUCUUGCAGUCGACCCUCUCGAUUGCUGCUCCUGCAUUGGAGCUCGAGAAGCGCAUCACUUGCAACGCCAAUGAAAUUGCCAAGAGUGAGUCCUAUUCCUCCUCGGCAUCUUCAACCCCAUUCGCAGGGGCCUUCGCAACUUUUUUCUGGGGACCCUCCACGCGCUCGGCCUCGACGAUUGCUCUUCGACUCCUCAUCUGAAUUGGGUCAUUCAGAUAGUAGGUGUUAAGUAUCGGAUCCCCUUUUCCUUUCAGACAACGCUUGCGUGUCGUGCGCUUCGAUCUACACGAAUGCGACGACGUGCAGUCGCUCGGAGCCUUUGACGUGCUCGUACGGUGUUCCGAAUUCGGCUCGCAAGUAAGUCAAUUACGGUAUCAACACCUUGAAUGACUCAUUCAUCUCGUCCCUGAACCCAUACCAUGACUGACUUGGGACCCUGUUCAUCACCUCCUGUCGUCUGCUUUGAUCGUUCAGGUGCGCAGCCGUUGACUGCAGCAAAACUCCGGCAACGUAUCUCAGCACCGAUGGUGAGUUCUCUUUCAAUACCUCCCUCGUGAGACUCGUACCUCAUCUUCUCGACUAGCAGACUGACGCAAUUUCAUCCUUGGCUGCGUCACCUAUCUAGCCAAGCAAUGUAUCGCCUGCUCGGACGCGAACGCACUGACCUGCAACAGCACGACGACGUUGAGCUGCCAAGCGAACUACACGCUCAGCACUGUCUUCUCCUCCGUUCCUACUUGCGUCUACGGAACUUUCUACGCUUUCUUCGGAGGUUACGGCUUGCCCAAGCCCCUCGACGGCAAACAACAACCUUUCAAACCCGUCCCCCUCACGAGCGGUAACCCCGGAGUGUGUGUGGCCCAGCACGCCAAGGCUCGUGGUGAGUGAUCAUAUAUUCCUUGUCUACUUUAUCUCAUUAUAUUUCGUCAAGACUAACUCCAAAUUUGCUGGAUCAACGUCUUCUAAAUUCAACAGUCGUCGCCCUCACCGCCAACCGCAAUAACAGCGAGUUCCUAACCUGCUUCGGACAAAACGGCGCACUCGACCAGGCCCUUGCCAAGAGUUCGAGUUCGUUCUUAUUCCUCAAGGGUACUUGCAAGGACUACGCCAAGAACCCUUUCAUCACCGUCACCGGCGCCCAAAAAUCAAUGCCAGGAUAUCGCCAUCGGACCCGAUGGGUCGUUCCCGUUCUAAGCGGAGCGAAGCGAGGCGCGAGAGCCGACCGACCUCCUCUUUUUAGUACUGUCGCGGCGGAUCAUUGCCUGAGAGCUUUUGACACCCAUUAA